AUGCACGCCUGUUUAUCAUGCACCACAUUUAGGGAUUCGGUCCAUUCGGUGGCCUUCUCCCACGACUCGGCCCGGCUAGCGUCGGCGUCGGGCGACGGGACGGUCAAGAUCUGGGACGCGAGCAGCGGGGAGUGCCUGUCGACGCUCGAGAGCUAUAGGGUUUCCGUCCGGUCGGUGGCCUUCUCCCAUGACUCGGCCCGGCUUGCGUCGGCGUCGAGCGACGGGACGGUCAAGAUCUGGGACACGAGCAGCCGCGAGUGCCUGUCGAAACUCAAGGGCCAUACGGAUUCGGUCCAUUCGGUGGCCUUCUCCCACGACUCGGCCUGGCUGGCGUCGGCAUCGGCCGACAGGACGGUCAAGAUCUGGGACGCGAGCAGCGGGGAGUGCCUGUCGACGUUUGGGGGCCAUAGGCGUUCGGUCCAUUCGGUAGCCUUCUCCCAUGACUCAGCCCGGUUGGCGUCAGCAUCGGGCGACGCGAUGGUCAAGAUCUGGGACGUGAGCAGCCGCGAGUGUAUGUCAACGCUCCAGGGCCAUAGGGGUUGGGUCUAUUCGGUAAGCUUCUCCCACGACUCGGCCCGGCUGGCAUCGGCGUCGGGCGACGGGACGGUCAAGAUCUGGGACGUGAGCAGCGGGGAGUGCCCGUCGACGCUCAAGGGCCAUAGUGGCUGGGUCCAUUCAGUGGCCUUCUCCCACGGCUCGGCCCGGCUGGCGUCGGCGUCGGACGACAGGGCGGUCAAGGUCUGGGACGCGAGCAGCGGCGAGCGCCUGUCGACGCUUGAGGGCCAUAGGGGUCGCGUCCGGUCGUUGACCUUCUCCCACGACUCGGCCCGGCUGGCGUCAGCCGACAGGACGGUCAAGAUCUGGGACGUGAGCACCGGCAAGACGGUCAAGAUCUGGGACGUGAGCACCGGCAAGUGCCUGUCGACACUCGAGGGCCAUAGAGAUUCCGUCCGGUCGGUGGCCUUCUCCCACGACUCGGCCCGGCUGGCGUCAGCGUCAACCGACGCGAUGGUCAAGAUCUGGGACGCGAGCAGUGGCGAGUGCCUGUCAACGCUCGGGGGCCAUAGGCGUUCGGUCCGUUCGGUAGCCUUCUCCCAUGACUCGGCCCGGCUUGCGUCGGCGUCGAGCGACGGGGCGGUCAAGAUCCGGGACGCAAGCAACAGCGAGUGCCUCCAGACGCUCAACAUAGGCAGGAUACUUAACCGCAUCCAAUUUGACCUCACUGGCUCAUAUCUUUGCACUGAUAUUGGCACUAUCGACAUUAGUGCUCUAUCAGCAGUUUCAGGGAAAACGAUUGGCAUUGGUGCUAGGUCUGGAAAGGUAUGGAUAGGUAAAGUUGAGUUUAAUGCAUUCUAA